UAGGAUUUUGCGUUUUGCACAAUAAGCAUCGAUACCACAACAGAUUUCUCUUCGACGCCUCCGGUCCGAACUACAACUUCUGCAGAUGGGGAAAGCCAAGAAAACUCCUAAAUUUGCUGUCAUGAAGAAAAUCGUCACCCACAAAGCAAUUAAACAUUCGAUUUUAUAUUGUAGGUACAAGGAGGAUGUUUUAAACCCUAACAGGAAAGACUUGACCAAGGAGAAACUCCCCCGCAAUGUACCGCAAGUUUCAUCAGCGCUUUACUUCAAGCACAAUACUGCUUUAGGGCCUCCAUACCGAAUAUUGGUGGAUACUAACUUCAUCAAUUUCUCCAUCCAAAAUAAAUUGGAUUUGGAGAAAGCAAUGAUGGACUGCUUGUAUGCAAAAUGCACUCCGUGCAUUACAGACUGUGUUAUGGCUGAGCUUGAGAAGUUGGGUCAGAAAUAUCGAGUUGCUUUGAGAAUUGCAAAGGAUCCUCGAUUUGAAAGGCUUCCCUGCAUUCACAAAGGAACUUAUGCUGAUGAUUGUCUUGUUGACAGGGUUACUCAGCACAAGUGCUACAUCGUUGCAACCUGUGACAGGGACCUGAAGAGGAGAAUCCGUAAGAUCCCUGGUGUGCCAAUUAUGUACAUUACAAAGCACCAGUAUUCCAUUGAACGGCUACCUGAGGCUACCAUUGGUGGAGCUCCAAGAGUUUGAAACUAGGGUCUUUGGAAGUUGAAAGUCUGCGUUCGCUGGACAACCACCAAAGAAACCUUCCAUCUUGAGACUGCACUAUUUUAGACAACAUUGCAACUGGCUUUGCUGCUGACUAUACAGAUAGCAUUGCAACAAGGAGGGGUGUUUGAAACCUAGUAAAAGGUGCCUGUUUUGAAACAUUAGUUCAAUAUGGCUGUUGUAAUGUAGACGUGUAGUUGAUGCUUGGUGCAAAAUCCUGUUACUUGCAUUACUCCCAACACUGUUCUAGUGUUUCACUAAUAUGGCGAACAUAGGUGAAGCACCAAAUAUUUAAACUUCUAAAUAGGUGCAAGAGUUUUACGCAAA